GUUUAUUGCGGGAUGGCAUGGUGAGCUUCGUCGUGUAGUUAUACCUACUGCGCCGAGGCUGUCCGUGUUUUUUCCAAAAUGAUUGACUUUACGAUAAAGACAUUAGAUUCAAAGGAUCACCCCUUUUCUGUGGACGAUGAUAUUACUGUGGGGCAACUUAAGGAGAAGGUGCUUGAGCAGAUGGGCAUUGAAAUUGGCCUUCAGCGUCUUAUAUUCUGCGGCAGAGUGCUCCAAGAUGAAAAGAAGUUGAAAGAAUAUGCUGUCAAAGGAAAAGUCGUCCAUAUGGUGCAACGUGCUCCACCAGGUGUAGAGGGCCAGCCCAUGACCUUUCGGGACAGAGAUCGGGAUCAGUCAAUGGCUGCUACAGUCCAGGGAAUCGAGAUUGAAGAACAUCCUGGCCCUACGGCGACGCGUUUUGAGUUCCUUCGCCGCCUCAUCAUGGAGAUAAGGGCGAACCUCGAUGCUCUAAGAGCAAACGAAAGCGAUGAACCACCAAAUUAUCCAACUGAUGAUCCACUGGAAGCAGCAAGUCGAUUACCACCCCAAGGCGUUCAUCCCAACGAGGUGACAUGUCACAUCCACAACCGCCCACUCCUUCAUCAGGUCGAUCGUGGAGCUGGAAUUUCCCGUCGAGGCCAGCAAAACAGGACUCGUGCGAUGCGUCCAACUGCUCAUACAGUGCCGGAUGAAUUUUCCCAACUCGUCGAAGAACUGCACGAGCUGGACGUUGAGUUUGCGCCCUUCAGGCAAACCUACAUCCGCAUUCUGCGUGAGGCCGGCGAUCCGCAGGUGACUAUUAGUGAGGACAUACUGCAACGCAGGCAGUUGACCACCGACCUGUGCGGUGUGUUGUUCCAUUCUAUCGCGCACGCCUACCACCUCAUCAGCGAUAUCGGCGUGUUGCUCACCCACGUUAACACGCGGAACACUUCCGAAGCCUUGAUGCGCCAUCCGCCGCAUAUGCACGCGCACAUUAACGUAUUGCAAGCGUCACCUCCGGCACCGCCUGCGCAAAGUGCCACUGCUUCUAGUGCCGGAACGAGCUCCAGCGCCGGUCAAGAGGCACAUACCAGCACCGCACUAGCCGGUAGGAAUAAUGAAGCAAACAACGUUAAUGCUAACAUAGAGCCUGGUCCCGGCAGUUAUCAAGUAGAACUACAGACCGCGGUCGUCGACUUGGAAAAUAUUUUUAUAAACGGUCCUAGCGCUAGUCAGGGCUUGCAAAGCCAGAACGAUGGCUCUCAGAACCAAGACGGACUGAACGAUCGGCGGAUCACGAUCGAGUUUGACAAUCUGUUUAGAGGAAUUGGGCCAUCUGGUUAUCUUGGGGGCCUUGAAGUUGUGAUGCGUAUGGAAGAGGUCCCCAUCGACAGCGGAUCUCCGAGCGCUUCUCAAUCGGCCGAAGGCGGAGCGGACCUCUCCCACACGGCUGACAUGUUGCAAAACAUUGUGGCAUCAGUAUUACGUCAGGGGUUCCCCCCAGGAGUGGACGCCGUGGUGCACGCUGCAGUGCCACCGCCCCCGGGUCUUGACCUAGGGCAAGCCGAAGGCCAAAACCAAGUUCGAAACCCAGAUCCCCGUGGUCGCGCUACGAGGCACCAACACGAGCCCUUUUCGGUCUUCAACAUGGUCUACGAUAGAUACUUGCAGUGCGAGAGCAUCCACGCUAGGCUCCAACUGCAACGUCGUCGCGACGAGAGUAUUGCUGCCGGUGGACCGAUCCACUUUGAUAAUGAAUAUACGCGUAUUCAGAACAAUGUCGAAACUCUGUACGAUAGAUUCGACAGGCACUCUUUUGAUCACGAAUCAUUGGUUAUCGCUGUUACAGUGACUCUGCGCGAGGCCUGCUCGUUCAACUCUCGACGUACUCUGCAGCCAAAUGAGUUGAUCCCUCUACGCCGGCGUCUGCAGGUGUAUAUGAGAGAUUUGAUGCAGGGAGAGUACGAGGAAGGCACCCAGGAGCGACUAGCUGACAUGAUUUUCGAGCGUCACGCUGCAUUCAUUGAACGCAUUGUUACAAUCACCCCGAUGCGCGGAAAUAUCGAUGUGAUCGCGUCAAUGAAGGCGGUAUUUAUUCGAUUCUUAAACGAGGCCAUGACGGUACUGGUUUUGGGCGAUGUAGAAGCUUUCUCUCGUCGAUUCCGCAUUGUGUACCCUCGUUUGUUCUACGAGCUUUGCGGAGUUAUCUCGUAUUGCUGCUUGGAAGGGGUAGAGGGACUGAAGAAGAUAUAUCACUCGUUUAUUGUUGACAUGAUUCAAAAUUUGGAUGAACCGGUGCGCGAUCUGCUGCACAGCCUUGCUAUGGAGAACUUGAAUGCUGCGAUUAUUCGUGUGGAGCAGAACAAGAUACACUUUGCACAGUUCAUACACCGUAGAGACCAGGCAGGCCCGUCACAGUUGGCUCCAACCACCAGCAGUCUAUUUGAAAGCACGACAUCUUCCGGAGGUUUGAGCACCGUUCAUUCGCCGAUGAGCUCCAUGCCAGACACAGAACAUACGCCCGAUACAUGCGAUGAAUCCGACGAUACAGACGACGCGGAAGUUAAUGACGAAAGUGAAGACACAAAGGACUCCGAGAAAACAGAGUCGAAUACAGACAGUUCCACAGAGCUGGCACCAUCAGAAGAGGCCAGGCAAAUGGCAGUGGACGAUGCCGUGUCAAGAAUCAAUCGUCACGAAUCAACGGUAAUCCCUGUUCGCUCCACCGGCGCUGACCGUCGUGAUUAUGUUCCUGAACGUCUCGACCAGGCGAGAGCACAUGCGGAAAUAAAAGCUGCUUAUCUUAAGGCUCGACAGGAAGCACUAAUGAGGGAACGCAGCAGAAACAGCCAGGUAAAGCGGCAAGCAGAAGACGAUGACGACGAUGACCUGGGCUUCCCAGGAACGUCUGGCCAAAGCGCUACUCGGGUGUCAACACAGUCUCGCCAUAGGCGGGUCCAGCCCCGACGCAUUUCCGCCAUGUUAAACCGUGGCCGGUUCAGGAUGGAUAUGUUCCGGAACACCGGGUCGAGGCAAAGGAACGAAGAAACCGUAACUGCUAGUUCCACACCGAGUCCUCCUCUUGUUAACUCUGACGAAGUACAAGCCAGUCGCGGUAACAGUGGGCGCGGACGUAUGGGGCAAAUGGGCAGGGCCACCACUCGCCAUCCAACUUUCGACGUACCAAAUGCUGCGGGCACGCUCGGCCCCAUCAAUGGCUUGGUUACCGGCCGUACCGAUCAGAACGGACGAACAUCGACUAUGCAAAGUCGUAGUCGGUUCAGGGUCAACCGGCAUUCCAGACCCGGCCCACAAAAUCCGCCGGAAUCUACUGACGAUUCUACUCUCGUACCAUCUGCGCAGAUAGCGCAACACUGGGGCGAGAACUGGGGUCCCACCAUCACGCGCGAUCUCCAGCGGCAGAGGGCUGCUAAUGCAGACGAACCCUACAGCGAUGCGUAUCUCACGGGCAUGCCGCCCAAGAAGCGCCGCUGCGUGCGGCAGUCCCGACCAUCUACGACAUUGAACGCGUUCAUCACUGAGGGUGUAUCAGCGACGACGGGGCUGCAGAGCGGGGUGCAAGGCGAAGAGCAGCUACGCGCCACUGUCCGCGAGCACGUGCGCCAUCUUUCUCGCUCCCGCGCUGCCGCCUCGCCGGACUACGAACCGCGCCGAUUUGCUGGAACCGCUCGCUUCCUCAGUCAGACCAGAAAAUUGGCUCGGCGUUCGCCUGAUAACAGCAAAACAUCUGCACGGAGGUCGCCCGAAAAUAGCAAUGAAUAAAGGAUAUCCCAGUUCUCGCUGUCGGAUUCAAGUUAAAAAGUUAAAAUCAUAAAAUAUUACCCCACACGUUUUAAUU